GUAGGAUAUUGGUGAGUUUAUUUUCACACAUUUAUAGACGAGGACAGUAUUUUGAUUAUGGAGAAAACGAAAAGCCUCAAAGAAGUUCGUUUGAUCAGAUCUAUGAUGAACAUCAGAAAAUUUCGAUUGUUAACAUUUCGGAGCUUAUCAAAGAAUCGUCGGGUGCCGACUUGUACAAAUUAUGGAGGCGUGAAGUGAAGUUACCAUUAUACAAGUGGAAUUAGGAAGGUUGUAAGCUUCGCAGCCCUUUUGUUUUCAAUUGCUAUAGAACCGUUUCUUGUUUUCUCAAGAAUAUUGUUAAAAGGUUUUCCCAUCCCGUUCACUCCUUCGACAGUUGAAAUUAAAGUUUACACGGACGACGCACUAUAAACCGGUUGCAUUAGAAAGAAUAAGUACAGCAUGGAAUUUGGCGCAGUAGGUACUCAAAACGCAGAUAAAGCUAAAGAUUUCCCUAACGCUUUUAAGGUUUUGGACAGCAUUCUCACUAGCGCCAAAAGGAAAUGGAUAAGAAAUUAUCUUACUCUCUUCCUGAUUGGGCGUAAAAAAAUUAUGAACAACUGGCACCUAAACAUUGAAGCAGGAGAAUUCCUACAUUGGAAGGCUAUCGCAAACCUUACGAUUAGUGAAUGUGAUGAUGAUUUGGGCUUCGCUUGGUAGUGGUUCUUUAUGUAAAAAAAGCCAUAGCCACAAAAGAGAUUCUCACAUCCUAAGGAAAUCUCAAUUAAGUAGGUAUUGUUUAAACUAAAAUCGAGAUUAAAAACUACACCAGAAGGCUGUACUAAUUACCAAGGAAAAUAAUUUUUAUGUCUAUUACUAUCUAAGAUAUGAUACAAAAUUUAGUUCUGGAGAUGAAAAAAGUCGAGAUCCGAAAGCUCUGCAAGGCAAAUAAACCACCCUGUAUGGAGUAAAUUUCUGCGGAAACAGGGUGUAUAUAAAAGGUCAACAUAACCUCAAUAAAUCUGGUACAUAACCUACGUAUAAAAGUCAACAAAUUUAAUUACAAAUUCAUAAAACAAUGCGGCUAACUCAAAUAUUUUGUACAAAAAUAGGCGAAUGGACCAAGAAAUACGCAAAUUUACCAGAUCGUUACAUUAAACGUACAAUGGAGCAGGUGUAUUGGCGGAAUCCCAAAGGCAUUCAGUAUCGACCAAACGUAGUGGUCAAACGUAAAAAGUUUCAUUUCAAUUUAGAUCGACCGUGGAGUGCACAGUUCGCAGAAACAAAUGCUAGGGGCAGACUUCAUCCGAAGGUGUUUGUUGAGCCGAUUAGAAAGUGGAGUUAUUUUAGGGGCGAUCGUGUCGAAGUUCUUGCUGGCAAGGACAAAGGGAAGCAAGGCAUUGUUAAAUACAUUGUGCAAGAGAGAAACUGGGUCUUGGUCGAAGGUCUGAAUUGUAAGCUUAAUAAAUUGGAUCGUGGCGGUGUAACACUUUACAUACAAGAAGAGCAACCGCUUUUAGUAACUGAUCAGGUGGCACUGGUCGAUCCUUCUGACUUGAAAUCUACCGCUUUCGAAUGGAGGUAUACUGAAUCUGGAGAACAGGUGCGAGUGUCAACACGAACUGGUAGGAUAAUACCAAUACCUGCAUCGGCCGAAGAGACUAGAGAUUAUAAAACUAAAGCUCUUUAUAUAGACCAACCAAAGGACACUAGUGAGAAGGCUUUAGGUGAAAUUACCUUUGAACCUACUCUAAAAACAUUUGAGAUGGAUAUUAUGGAGAAAAUGGGUAUAAAAGAAGAUCGAAUUCCAAAGAAAAGUUAUUGGUAUUAAGUGAAAACAUUGUUUAAUUUGUAUUGUAUUCUAUUAAAUAUAAAUGUUUGUGAAAAUGCUUCA